CCAGCGUAUAACUAUCAUGUCGAUUGGCUGCUGCCCCGACUUUCCCCCGACGAGGCGCCGUGGCCAACCAGCUUGAUUUAUAGUCUUGAGUGCGGGGAUGAUCUGCAUAGUCUUAUUGUGUAUAUAUGGAUUAAAUACGACCCUUGACUCUGUCCAGUCCUGUCAACUGAUAAGCCUCAUCGACCAUGGACGAGCACAAACAAUUCCUGGCCCACGGCAAACAUGCUGCCCAGCAGGAGCAGACUAUGACCCUCUGGCAGGGUCUCCGUCUGUAUCCAAAGGCUGUGGCAUGGUCUGUUCUGCUAUCCUCAACCCUCAUCAUGGAAGGCUACGAUCUCGCUCUACUGGGAACCCUGUUCGCAUCACCAGCAUUCAACCAGAAAUACGGCGUCCAAUCCGGCGACGACUGGAACAUCCCAGCAUCCUGGCAAUCCGGUCUCUCAAACGGCGCGCGCGUCGGCGAAGUCAUCGGCCUGAUCCUCAGCGGUCUCGUCUCUGAACGCCUGGGCUAUCGCUGGACCAUGAUCAGCGCCCUCCUCGCCAUGAACGCCAUCAUCUUCAUCUUCUUCUUCGCCGUCGACGUCCGCAUGCUCCUCUCCGCCGAGAUCCUCGCCGGCAUCCCCUGGGGCGUCUUCCAGACCCUGCCAGCCGCAUACGCCGCCGAAGUGUGCCCCGUCGUGCUACGCCCAUACCUGACCACCUACAUCAACAUGUGCUGGGUGAUGGGCCAGUUCAUCGCCGCGGGCGUCAACCGCGCCUCCUUCGCACGAGAAGACCAAUGGUCCUACCGCAUCCCUUUCGCUGUGCAAUGGGCAUGGCCCCUCCCACUCGCCGUGGGGAUCUUCUUCGCUCCUGAAUCUCCCUGGUGGCACGUCCGACGGGGCGAUAUCUCCAGCGCCAAACACGCCUUGCAGCGUCUAACCCUAACCUCUUCAUCAGACGAACCAUUCGACCCCGACGCCACAGUCGCAAUGAUCGCACACACCAACGAGCUCGAAAAGUCCCUCACAGCCGGAACCUCAUACACCGACUGCUUCAGACACGCAGGUGGUAACCUCCGCCGCACAGAGAUCGUCUGCGGCGUUUGGAUCGUCCAGACCCUGUGCGGGCAGAAUCUCAUGGGCUACUUCGCCUAUUUCUGCGUGCAGGCGGGAUUACCAGAAGUCCAGUCCUUCAACCUCUCGCUGGCGCAAUACGCACUCGGCAUCAUAGGCACAAUCGGGUCAUGGUUCCUCAUGGCUAAACUCGGAAGACGAAGCAUCCACCUCCUGGGUCUAUGUUGUCUUUUCACACUGCUGUUGAUAACGGCGAGUCUCUCAUUCGCACCGGAAUCAAACACUGCAGCGAAAUGGUGUAUUGGUGCCAUGCUGAUUCUAUUCACAUUCAUCUACGACACAACCCUAGGCCCCGUAACGUAUGCGCUUGUCUCAGAACUCUCCUCCACGCGCCUGCGAUCGAAGACAAUUAACCUCGCGCGCGCCGGGUACAAUAUCAGCAAUAUUGCCGUGAAUGUGCUCACGAACUACCAGCUGAAUGAUGAUGGGGAGACGGGGUGGGACCGGGGCGCGCGGACGGCGUAUUUCUGGGCGGGCACUUGCGUCGUUUCUCUUGUUUGGGCGUUUUGGAGGGUUCCUGAGCCUCGCGGGAGGACUUUUGCUGAGUUGGAUGUUCUUUUUGAGAGGGGGGUUGAGGCUAGGGCAUUUAAAGGAUUUGUUGUUGAUCCGUUUGAUGGGGAGAUAGCAGGGAGAGAGGGUGGGAAGGGGUGAAGCUAUACCAAGAUAUUGAGUCUGGCUAUUAUGUAGGUAAGGAAUUGAAGCCAGUUUCGUGGAAAACCACUAUUAUUGUUAGUUCUA